ACUGUGAGGGCAAAACAUGUGCGGACACCACCUGGGUCCCUGCUCACUGCACACAGGAAAUGGUUUCUCUGCACGACCUCGCUGCCAAAAUGAAGUUGAAGAAAAUAAGGAUAAAAAUGUAACGCUGACACGUUUAGCUAGACCGUGUGGGCGUGGUCUGAUCAGAUUUGGUCAUCAGAUUUUGAUUGACAUGAUGCUGAUUGGUAGGUAAUGUGGGUGACAUCACCUGAGAGAUAUGUCAUGUAAAACAAACUUCGGCAGACAAUGUUGUUUCGUGGAUGAUCUCCUCACUCAUGGUUAGAAGCUGAAGGAGACAUACAGGUGAUGGAUUUAUGGUUUUAAAUGCAAUGCGUAAAAUGCGCAAUCCUCGGUUCAAAGUGUCCUUGUUCCAAUUCCAAGGAGGAAAUUGUGGCAGCGCAAAGCUGACACAUCCUGCUGACCAGAUUCUUCCUUGUUUUAUCACAUUAGGUCGCUAUAGGUUGCAUCUUUUCUUGAAGUGGCGUGUGCCACCUAUCCGUGAGGUUUGUGCCUCAGCGUGGCUCUGCCUCCCUCCCUCCGCUCUCUGGGGCUCUCUGGCGCUGCCGACGCGCUUUCACUCUUCCCACUUUCUCCUCCGGUCUGCUCCACGGAGCGCCGCUGCCACGCUGACCCUGCUGGAUUCAUUUGGAAACAUUUGGAGACAGGAUGGACGCCGCUUUUUGCCUCGUUUUGCGCGCAUGGGCCCUUCUUCUGUUUCUCCUGUCAGGAGGCUUCUGUUCGGAUGCAGAGCACAAGCUCUUCUCUGGCAUAUUCGCCAACUACAACCAGUACAUACGACCAGUGGAAAAUGUGACCGACCCCGUCAUCGUACAAUUCGAGGUGUCCAUGUCCCAGCUGGUCAAAGUGGAUGAAGUCAAUCAGAUCAUGGAGACAAAUCUGUGGCUGAGACAUAUCUGGAAUGACUACAAACUCAGAUGGAAUCCAAGAGAUUUUGGCGGCGUCGAGUUCAUCCGAGUGCCGUCCAGCAGGAUAUGGAAGCCAGACAUUGUGCUGUACAACAAUGCAGUUGGAGAUUUCCAGGUUGACGACAAAACAAAGGCCCUGCUCCGUUACAAUGGUGAUGUCACCUGGAUUCCUCCGGCCAUAUUCAAAAGCUCCUGCAAGAUUGACGUCACUUACUUCCCCUUCGACUACCAAAACUGCACCAUGAAGUUCGGUUCCUGGACGUACGACAAGGCCAAGAUCGAUCUGGUGCUAAUAGGUUCAACCAUCAACCUCAAGGACUUCUGGGAAACUGGAGAGUGGAUCAUCAUUGACGCGCCUGGUUACAAACAUGACAUUAAGUACAACUGCUGCGAAGAGAUCUACACGGACAUCACGUACUCUCUGUACAUCCGCCGUCUGCCACUUUUCUACACCAUCAACAUGAUCAUCCCCUGCCUCCUCAUCUCCUUCCUCACCGUGCUCGUCUUCUACCUGCCGUCUGAUUGCGGUGAGAAGGUCACUCUGUGCAUCUCCGUCCUGCUGUCUUUAACCGUCUUCCUCCUCGUCAUAACAGAGACCAUCCCCUCCACCUCGCUGGUCAUCCCGCUGAUCGGCGAGUACCUCCUCUUUACAAUGAUCUUCGUCACCCUCUCUAUCGUCAUUACUGUUUUCGUGUUGAACGUACAUUAUCGCACACCGAAGACCCACACCAUGCCCUGCUGGGUGCGGACUGUGUUCCUGGGACUUUUGCCCCGGGUGAUGUUCAUGACUAGACCAGAGAGGGACCCCGAGCAGGUGACAGUCGCUGGCAACGUUCAAACCGUGAAUUCAAGACCCUGUGCCGUUCACACAUCAGGUAAUUUGCAGAAGCAGCACAAACCUCAGGCCCUGGCCUCCAGCGUGGUGUCCAGCCUGACAAACCGCCAGCGGCUUUUCAACAACACAGAGCUCUCCAACCUCAAUAACUUAAGUGGCGACUCGGUCAAAGGUGCAGGCUCUGCGUUCCUGUGCUGCGAGGGACGUUGCAACUGCUGCUGGCACCAGAAAACCAGCAAAUUGCCUUCAGACUCUGGGGGAGGAAGUGGAGGACUGGGCAGUCUGGGGGCACUGACUGGGGGCACUGCUGUUGGCGUCGGAGGGGGGAGUCAGUGCUCAAGCUCUGAAUCUCUGGAUGGAGGAAUAAUGCCCCUGUUGCCACUCUCACCUGAAGUUACUGAGGCCAUUGAGAGUGUGAAAUACAUAGCGGAGAACAUGAGACUACAGAAUGAAGCAAAGGAGGUGCAGGACGACUGGAAAUACGUCGCCAUGGUUAUCGACAGGAUCUUCUUGUGGGUUUUCGUCCUUGUGUGCAUCCUGGGUACAGCUGGCCUCUUCCUCCAGCCUCUAUUACUUGGGGAGGACAUUUGAAUCACUUUGACAAAAACUCAUACUCCAGACUGCUGAACUGUGAGGCAUUCCGUUAUAAAUAUGAAUCUCGGCAUUGGCUCAGACGGAGAGAAAACACAGAGGGGAUCCAAAGUUGAGAGGAACAGAUGACUGUCUGCCAAAUGUUGAUGCAAAUGGUUUAUUGACUGUUUUUUUUUUCUCCCACAGAUAGGCUUGGUGCUUUUUGGUCCUUUCAUUUGACACAGUGGUUGAAGGACUUUUCAGUGCUGAGGACGUGGCUAACAAACGUGGUGGUUAGUCUUUUGAUUUUGUACGACAUCGUUCUGGAGUAAACAGCGAUGUAAUCUGUAAUGUCAAGUCAGCGUACACACAUGCAGAACCAGAACACAACCAAAACUGUGUUAUUAUUAAUGGAAUUUAAAGCCCUUUUUCUCACAUUAAGCAAGUAUGUACAUAUAGUCACCGUUUAUGAAUUUCCAUUAUAUUCCAUAACAAGAUGUCACAUAUGUGAUAAGUUUUUCAGUGUUUCUGAGAACAAGACAAGGUUAUUGUCUGUGUUCAUAUAGUGACAUCAUGUGGUAAUUAUUUGCUACUGCAAAUGGUAACAAGGCUGAUUGGUUAAAAGCAUAUGUUGUCUUGCUUUUCAUAUCUCUGUCAUAUCAUAUUCUCAGUGAUAAAACCUUAGGAAAGAUUAUACUGAUACUUUACACCUUAAAUGCAUAGAGAGAACUACUGGUCACCUUCUGGACUCUGACCUGAGAAAAUGGAAGUGGAUAUUGGCAGCAUUUGAUGAACAAGAGGAAAAAGAAUAGGCAUUUUUGUUCAACUCACAUUUUCUGUAAAUAAAUCUUAAAAAUAUAAA